CGAAUGGCUUUAUGGCUGGUUAACUUGUGUGUUUUUUAUCUUCCCUGAUUACGUACGUAAAAAAAGGAAACAGACGGUCCACAAUGGCUGAUGUUAAAGCGCUGGAGUACUCUACCAUGAAGGUAGGAUUAUACCUAGUCUUUCUGAGAAGUGUUGUGCAGUUCAAACGGGAGCUCGGUCAUACCUCUCAUAUCGCAAAAUGUCGGUUGUUUCAGCAGUGCAGGACAUAACUGGUCAACAACAACAACAACCUUUAUUCGCCUUUAUCAUAUUUAACCUUAAUAUUUCUUCAAUACCAUAUUAACUAGGCUGGGGGAUCUUAAGCAAGCUCUUUUGAGCUUUUACAAGUAGGAUCUCCCUCCCUAUGUAUCUAACAAUAAUUUUUUUUUUCAAGUUAGGCGUAUAGAAUGCAAUGUAAUUUAAAUCAUCAUAAUUUAAUAUGGUAUCUACUGUUAUACACAUGCACUAUGUAUUCCUGUUUUAAGGUCCACUUAAAAAUAAUUCAUGGUGGAAAUAUGUUUUUAACGACUUUUUACAUUUUCUGUCUGAAUUUGAUUCCUUUAAAUCAGCUGGUAAAUUUUUCCACACAUUUUCCAUAGUUUGUUCUGCUGCAAUUGACCAGUCUGCAGAGUAUGGCAGGUGCACACACGAGUUUUUUUAAUGAUAUAUAAAAAAUAAGGGCCUAAAAACGGCCUUGCACGCGCGAGAUCUCGUUGAGUUCUGCCAUACUCUGCAGACGGGGCAAUUGAUACGCAUAUUUGAUGAAGAUCGAGUAUUGUAAGAAUAAAUGUUAUCGUUUGUUGUAAAAUAAUUUUUAUGAAAUGGUGGUAGUGUGUCAUGGAAGUACAGAUACAUAAUAUUGCUGUGAAAUACAAACUAAUUUCAUUUAUAUAUCCAGUGUCUCUAGAGAAAUAUAGAGUGGUCUACUCUCCUCUUUAUAAGCAGAUAAGGUCAUAGUUCUAACUGAACUAAUAAGUUCAAAUACUUUUUGCAGUUUUGGUUCUUCUCAAUUUUCCAUAAACAAGCCUUGACUGUAUCUCUUAUGCUUGAUUUUAUUAUAAAUCUGAUGAUUUUUUGUCAGUAUUGUUGGUAUUUCCUACUACAAUGCAUUUGAACAAGAUCUACAUAGUACAGCCGUGAAUCUUUUUUCACUGUAAGCUUAUUAAUGAUGCGACUAUUAAUAGGGAAUGACUUUAAAGGGUAGUUGUUUAAUCUAAACCUUAAGAGUGAAUAACAGAUACUUAUAAAAGGCAGCAAAAGAAGAAAAAUGUAAAGAAUUCAAAAGGACACCAUCCUCGGAGACCAAGGGGCAGAUAGUGGGGACGAGGGAAAGUCUAAAUGGGUGGAAAAAUAUGGCACGAAGAAAAGUAAAGAUCGGCGAGAAGAGCCCCUGGGGACAAUGUCUUACCAGACCAGUUCCAAACGGUCGCCGCCGUUCUGUCUUCUGAUUGGUGCCAGAAAACUUGUGUUUUUCUGGCACCAAUCAGAAGACAGAACGGCGGCGACCAUUUGGAACUGGUCUGGUAAGACAUUGUCCCCAGGGGCUCUUCUCGUCGAUCUUUACUUUUCUUCGUUCCAUAUAUAUUUUUCAACCCGUUUAGACUUUCCCUCGCCCCCUUUAUCUGCCCCUGGGUCUCCGAGGAUGAAAACACACCAAAGCUGAGGUGAUUAUUGUCAUGACUAUUGUCAAAGUUCAUAGUUUGUUAGUAAAGUAGACAGGAGCAUAUAUAGGAAUAAAAAAAAACUAUAGGAAAAACAUUGUGAUGCAAGCAAAAGCACAGCUCUUCAUUACUUUUUCUUGUUCUUCUUCUUGUGCUUGUGUCAGAGUUAAACACAAGCAACAAAAACAUGGCCUUAGUCAAAAUACCCCUCUUCUUCCACCACUUCUCAACGGAUUUUUUAUCCCUCUGCACCUAUCAUUCUGGCUGAAUUAUUGUCCUUAUUGAUAGUGGAAGUCUCCUUGUGACUGAACUUGUGUGGCCAGCCAGUUCUGAUGAAUGGAAAGCACCCUGAAAAUUAAUUAAGACAGCAUUACCAUGAUUAUCUUACAAAAUUCCAGAAGGACUAACAUCAUCAACGCUGGCUGAAGUAUCUAGAGCUCUCGCUUACUAAACGAAGCUGACCAGUGUUUGAAUUGUUGAUAUUUGCAAGUACUUGAAGUUUUUUCUGAAAUUGUCUGAAUUGUACAGAACACAGCCCAAUAGGUUUAAUCACACUGGAAAUUUGGAAAGAAUGACUAAAUAAUAUUGUGCAGAGCAUAGAAUUUAAUCGUAAUGUUUGAAUUUAGGUUCCUUAUGAGAUACUCAAUAAAAAGUUUCGAGCAGCCCAGAAAGUGAUCGACAGGGAGGUGUCUCUUGUCGUGGGAGCGACAAAUGAUUUAACAAACAGUCUCGGCAGUGUUCCAGUUAAGGUUGGAGAGAUCACUGGCUUCUUGGAUGGAGUAGUACAAAAGUUACAAUCACUGAAAAGAAAGGUAACUCAUACCAGUAAAUUCCAAUCAAUUUAGGUUUCUUACCUACCCCUCCCCUAAGCAGGGUGCAAAGAAAGUCAGUUUUACAGCUUAAUUGCUAUUUGGGAAAGGUGCAGCUAGCAUGUACUAGCCCAACUGUCAUUUUUAUUUGAUUCGUAAAUUCUUCUUCCUUGAGGAAAUUAAUGUUAACAACUUACUCUAGGUGGGAAGAAUUCACCAGUCUAGAUUGUUUGAGUUGUAAAGUUGAAUCUAAAUUGGAAGAUCAUGCACUUUAAGGAUCACAUGGAACCCACUCUCUAAAUUUCUUCAGCCAAAUGGUGCUGCACACAGCUUUUACUGGUAUAUUUUACUCUAAAAUGCUCGUUAGCAAGGGAAUCUUGCAUGUUCUUUAUGACAAGUCGCUUUUUAAUCUUGCUUGCAUAAGUAAGUUGUAUUUAGGACACAAAAGGGGGUCAUUAUGCCAGGCAUUCCUUGCGGAGACUGUAAAGACUGGGACUAAGAAUCAUUGUGUGAUGGAAGCCAUGCAUGUUUUGUGAAGAAAGCUUAGGAAUGGUUAAAGUUAGAGCUUUUCCAAAACGUGUCUGUCCACCAUAAAUUCUAUUGCUUGAAAGCGUUGAUUACUUUGGAACAAGUACAGUAAACACUACUGAGUGGUUGAAACAAAAUAAGAAUCUUAAUUAGCAAAACGGCAAUGGUCGGGUGUUGUAAACUUUCAUUGUAUGGUGAGCAUGCGGUUUAUUUUCGGUGAUGAUUGAAAUGUUGUGCCAUGAACGUGUCAUAUAAGUCACUUUUUUUAUCUCUAGCAAUGAUGUAAUUUCUCUUGAAUCAAGGCCCUUGAAUUUUUUUUUUAUAUACUCGCGUAUAGCCUACAACCACAGACAUAUUUCUGGUCGUCACUAACACGCAUACUAAAUCAAUAAUUUCAGAAACAAAUAACAAGUAUCGACAUCGAUAAAGUAGGAAGUAAAAACCUUUAGCGGGUAAAUCCUGUUUCGUGUACAAUUAAUCACCUCCUCAUUUCUCGAUCUAAUCUCCAAGUAAGCGAGACUAAAUGCCAGCAAUCUAAAUAUCAUUGAUUUGUUAGUCAGAAGAAUGUUUUGCUCAAGAAGAAGCUUGCUUGCGGCAUUGCCGGGCUCGUCUGGAUCAUAUCAAAGAGCAUGCUGAUGAGCGGAAGAGUGCUCUGAUAAUAUGGAAAAAGAAGCGUCUUGAUAGGAUGCUGGUGGAUCACUGUCUACGAUCUGGCUACUAUGACACUGCAAUUAAACUUGCCAAGGAUUCACAGAUAGAGGUGUGUCAUCAUUAAACUAUUCCAGAUACAUCUAUUUUUAUAUUGAACUUCUGUUACUGUUUCGGUACUUUUAAAUUUAGGAUGUAAACGCUAACCGUAUAUAUAUGUUAUUCACCGGCUGGGAGGUCUGUAUUGGGAGAAACUGUGCCCGAGGUCUUGAGUACUCAGACUGAGGGCACAGUUUCUCCCAAUACGAACCGACCUAGGCCGGUGAAUCACGUUUUUAUUUUUUUCGUACUGAGAUUUAAAAGUUUAAGGAAAAUUUUACUUCAGCCUCCAAACUAUGUGUGUUGAAGAAGGGUGCAUUCGUGUUGAAUUGUUAUUCAAAGCGCGCUAUCGAUUGCAAACCAAAACAAAAUAUUAUAACAUGAUUUUUAACUUGUAAUUUAUAUUAUCACAAUUAAGCUCUCUUUAGAAUAAAGAAAGGUUUUUGUGUCUUGGUAGACAAUUGAUAAUCUGAGUGUCAAACAAGGAUAAAGAAUUGACGAACUUAAAAGCCACAGGAAAGAAAAUACAGCAAAGAUUUUCUUUGGCUGAAUGUUUACUUUAAGAUUAAUUCAAUCGAGUGGGAUAAAAAUGGCACAAAGGCUUUAUAAAAAGAGCUAAUUACACAUACCAAUCUUAGGGCUUUGAAGUGAAGGCAAUAUGGGUAAUGAAACAAUUAUAUAAACAAAGAAAUAAAAACGGCGAUGACUGACUGCUGGAAAAGUUUUUCGUGUUGUUUAUUCAAGAUUGAAAGCUACAUGUAAUCAUUGACAACAACCUUUUCUGAAAAGUAGAAACUAGUGAGGCAAAUUCAAAGGAAAACGGCAGAAUCUAGAUUCAGACAGCAGCAAAAAUGGAAAACAAACCUACAAACAGAGGAAAAAUGUCGAAUAAACGGUGCAUAAGAGCAAGAUUGCAGUACUUACAGCGUAGGUUAAAAAGCUAGUGAAGCGACAUCACGAGCCACCUGUUUUGUUUUACUUUAGCGGUUUUCCUGGCUCACUUGCUUGAUUCUCCUUUCAGAUGUUUUGUCUGAAUAACAAAAUUCACUUUUCCCUAGCUAAUGCUAAUAAUAGCACAAGUUUUAAAAGAAAAAAUGUUGAAAAGUCACUGGUUUUGCUCAUUCACAAACAACAAACAAACUUGUGAAUAAAACUACCAAUGAUUCCGCGCGGGUUAGUGGGUAAGAUUGUGAAAAACCGCUCGCUCUUGGAACCAAUCAGAUUGCAGGAUUUGGAGGAUUCCGCCCGCUCGCAAGCUUAGAAAAAAAUAAAAUAAUAUAUUAUUAUGUACACUAAAAUAUAGAAGUAAAAAUUUAUGUAUCUUAUCUGUACAUUUAAAAAUUAAGCAACUGUUUCAAUUUGAUCAGAGGCAGUUAAAAGUUGCAUAAUUGUAUCAAAAGGACACAUCAUUAAUUUUUUGUAGCCUGCGAAUGGCAGAUGUUUCUCCCUGCUCAUCGCUGCUGUGGGACGUUUCGUGAGGAGGAACAUCUGUGACUCAGCAACAGAAAUUCCAUACUGAUGACUUAAAUCUAUGUUUACAUAAUAAAUCCGGUAAUCAUGGGUUUUAUGCAAAUUUGUUCAAUUUUACAAUUCUCCUGAUUGGUAAAGUGUUGUGUUCAUCUGCGAAUGAGCUCCAGUGGAACUCAAAUGCUUCUUCUUGAGAAGACUAUAUUCCACAAAUAUUGGCUGUUUUGUUAGAGAUUCAUUGCUUUUACAUUUGACUUUUGCGGCUUUUUGUCUUUUGUCUGUCAUUCGUAAACAAUAGCUAAAACAAUAAAACUACUCCGUUGACCAAUUAGCACUUCUGACCUGAUUCUGGACAGAUUUUGCAUCAUCAGUAUGGAAUUUCUGUCGUUGAGUCGCAGAUGUUCCUCCUCACGAAACGUCCCUCAGCGACGAUGAGCGAUGAGAAACAUCUGCCGUUUGCAGGCUACAUUUUUUCAUAUAGCACAAUUACUAAUAACUACUGAAGAAACUCUGCCCGUAACUCACUUGUAGAUAAACCAGAAAAAUACAGGUGUGCCAGCUUGCUACACUGUACCUGAUUAUGUGAUUUAAUUUUCCCCUUUUUCUCAGGAUUAUGUGGACAUUGAACUAUUUUUGGUGUCAAGAAAAGUUGAAGAAUCUCUUUUAAGAAGAGAAUCAGGACCUUGUUUAGCUUGGUGUUAUGAAAAUAGGUCCAAGCUAAGGAAGUUAAAGGUGUGUUUGUCAAUGUUGUAGUUCAAUUUCAUUGUUAUUGCAAAUUUCUUUGCUCUGUUUUGGUCGAUGGUAAUUUAUAGUUAUGAGUUUGAAACAAGGAAGAUAUUUAAUUUGCAUAAAUUACAUACAGUUGUUCAUAAGGAAUAGAUAUAUGUUAUAAAUUUAUUUAUAGUGUACUUUCUGUAUCAAAGCCAAAGUGACUAAAUAGAAGAAAUUAUAUUGAUGUGCAAAUUUUAAGGCCCCCUGGAACCCAUUCUUGCUAUUUACCCUCUGACUCUCGCUAAGGAAGACCUCUCAGUAGAGGUUUGACAGUACAUGGUUCUAUUACCUUGUAUCAAGAUUCCACAGCAAGACUUAUUUUUAAGAUGCCAAGGUUUUAUCACAUCUCACAAAUUCUGUGUACGCUUCAUUGCCUUCCAGUAGAAGUUAGGAUUCAUUUUAAGAUUAUUAUAAUUACUUUUAAAGCGAUCCAUGGACAAGCUCCGGUAUAUCUACAAGAACUCAUUAUGCUUCAAAUGCCAACUUUAACUAAAAAAACAUUGGGUGACCGUGCUUUUUUAGCUGCAGCACCUAAACUGUGGAACGGGUUACCAUCACAAAUACGAAAAGAGCCCAAUUUUAAUAGGUUUAAAGGUUUACUUAAGACCCAUUUUUUUAGAUUAGCUUUUUAUUAGGGUUUUUUUUUAGGAUUAUGUAUAUAUUAUAUUUUUAUAGAUCCAUUGUUUUUUUAUAUAAUAUUUUUAGUUAUUUUGGAUAACUUAUUAAUGUUGAUAAUUUACUUUCAUGUAAUGUGCAUUUUGAUCAUAUUUACAUGUAUUUUGCGUAAUAUAAAUAUUAAAUUAUUAUUAUUAUUAUUAGUAUCAAGAUAACAUUCUAUUAGCAGUUACAUCAGCCUUAACCUGGUUUUGGUUAGUUUGUUGAUAUACAUGUACAUAAUUUACAGUCUUUGUUGAAGAGAGCGCUCCUCCCCUAGACCUCAUUGUUUGAAAUGGCUUAACAGAAUAAUUAUAUUAUUAUUUGCAACAAAUACAGUUUUCAAUGAAAGGGGUUAACUAAGGCAACCAAAACAGUUUUUUCUCCUACAGAAAAAUUAUUUCAACAAGUUGAAAGCAAGCCAAACCAUCCCUACAGUACCAUAACAAUUCUAAGGAGAGAUUUUUUUAAAGUUAUUGUGCAUUGUAUUUUUAAAAUAUAUUUGUCAGAGUAACCUUGAAUUCAAUGUGAGAAUGCAAGAAUUUGUUGAACUUGUGAGAAGAAGUGAAAAGAUGGAAGCAGUUAGGUAUGAAGCAUCAUAAAUGCUAUUAUAAUGUUGAUACCUUGGUGUGGGGCAAGAAUAAUAACAUUACGGUAUUUCAGGAAAUCCUAGUUAGAAAGGACGUUUUUAAACUUUCCAGGGCAAACAGAAGGUUUGACAAGAUACAAAUUAAUGUACAUGUAGUCCUAUUUUCAUGGUUGGAUCUUUUUCAAACAGAAAUUUGUUGUCUAUUAAUCUUCAAACCUUAUUUUUGAUGCAAGUUUCCUCAGUUUUUUUCAGCCAUCUGGGGAUGGAAGUGAUUUGUGCAAAUGUCUGCAUUAUCUUCAUGUGUAAUCCAUUAUUUUAAAACAUUUUGGACAGAAUCCUAUUGGUCUGUUUGCACUCUUUUGACUAAUUUGUUAAUUUAUUAUAGAACAGUCUUGUACUUGUUUGAAUUUCCAAUAAUAUUAUGGAUUAUAAUUGUAAGUUUAAAAAGACGUGAUGCAGAUUAAGGAAAGUUAAAAAUUUGUCAGAUGUUUGUCAGAAACUAUGUUCUUCUGAGCUCUACAAGUUCAAUGACCUUGACUAUCAUGUUCAACACAGUCAGACUCUACUAAUUAUUGGAGUAUUGUUUUUUUGGUAUAAUAGAAAAAUGUACAGGAUUUAUUCUCAGCCAAAAAGUGGUAUUGUACCUAGAUAAUGAGGUACAUACAUUGUAUUGCAUACAGGCAAUCUUUCCUUUGUAGAUAAAUGCCUCAUGUUGCAUAGUACACUGUAUAUCUGUAGAUGUUAACACAUUUUUUUUUGUUGGAUGUGACAGGUAUGCCAGGAAGCAUUUCCCACCAGCAAAUAUUGAUGGCACAAUGACUAAGGAAAUCCAAAGAGCAAUGGCUUUGCUGGCUUUUAAGCCUGAGACUAGCUGUUCACCAUAUAGGGUAAAUAAAAUAAAUAAGACACUCUCUCCUACUUGUAGGCAGAUUUCUGUUUGACUGGGGCCAAUGAAGAAUAUAGCUUUUUAAUGUAAAUUGUAGCUGCUAAUAAUUAUUUGAGAGGGAAAAAUGCCUGGGGCUUUUCCAACUACACAGUACAUUCAGGAAUCUGAUGACUAAGAGACAAAGAUGCUUCAUCUCCCACAAACAAAGUAUUUUAUAAUCUUUUAGAACAAUCUGAUAGAAAUCUAUAGAAUCAAAUUAGCAAGGAUGAACACCAUCUUUUCUUAAAAGACUCUUUCCACAGGCUGUGAAGAAAAACAACUUAAAAAAUUAUAACUUUUUAGCAAUACCAAUCUACUGAUAUGUAUUCAGAACUCCUAAUUUCCUUUUUGUUCCUUUUUUUUUCUUUCUUGGUUGUGCAUCAUUCAACAGUUUUUAAUCUGAUUAUUUAUUAUGUUUGUAACUUUUGAUAUGUACCGGUAUUUUAUCGAAUGAAUAAAGAUUAUUAUUAUUAUUAUUAUUAUUAUUAUUAUUAAAGUGGAUGCUUGCAGUUUUUUCAUUGAAAAUCAAAUAUUGUUCAAUUUAUUGUACAUUAUUUGAGUAAGCAGUGGUACUUGUUGUUCUCAGUCUGUUGGUUCAGUACUGACUGUUUUUUGGGGGGGAUGUAUUAUUAUUCCAGGAGUUGUUUAAUUUGGAGAGAUGGACUCAGCUAGUAAUGCAAUUCAGAAGGGAGAAUUAUCAACUUCAUCAGCUUAAUGAUCAGUCUACAUUAGCAGUAACCCUCCAGGCAGGACUGUCAGCUCUGAAAACACCGUAUCCUUGUUUUAUGUAUAAUACCCUAAAAUGCAGCAGCUAAAACAGUACAGGUAUAUCUCACUCCUUAUAAUGUUGCUGCUUUAUUGAACAUAAAGGUCACUGAGAUAAAAGAAAUGAACACUAAAGUUAAAAUAGAUGUCUUGGUUUUUUAAUAAAUAUGGAGAACAGUAUGGAGAAUUUACUUGUUGAUAAAAGUGUAAAAAGGGUUAAUUUUUUAUUAUCAAAAUGCAACUUCUCCUUUCUCAUCUUCAUUUUGUUUCUAUAUUGUAUAGACAAUUUAGAGAGUAAGUGUGAAGAUGCCGAGUUUUCUUUAGACUACGAGUAGUCCCCAUUUUUCCUCAGGGAUAGUAGAGCGAGCGAAACGCGAGCGUGCGUGGGGUGAUUUCCAUGCGCGCUCGCGUUUCGCUCGCUCUACUAUCCCAGAGGAAAAAUGGAGAUUACUCGUAGUCUAAGUUUUCUCAUGACCUGCCUGAUGAUUAAUUACCUGAAAGAGCAAAGGAAAUAUUAUAAUAAAAAAAACCACCCACAAAAAAGAAGAACAUGUUGGAAAAAAGAACCAGUGAACUUAUACAUUGUAUCCAAGUUCUAAUUUCCAACAAAGACCAGCUCUCAUGAACUUAGUUCUGUAAGACGGGAAAAGACGCAACGUAGGCUCUAGGGAUUGUUUGGAGGGACAGCAAAAAAACAUGGCGCACGGCAACAAGCUACCUGUUGACCAGGGCGGAUAAAGGUAGGGCGGUGAAACGAGCGCGUCCGAGCAAAAAGGUGUGAUGCAGUGGACUGGGACUAUGUUUAGAAAUGUGGCUUGUCUUCGACUUCGGUCGGGGCUUGUGAUGUGGUGUGUACAUAAGACACUGCCGCUGUCACUGAAUUAUGGCGCCUUGAUUUGUUUUCUUGCACUUCUUCCUCGUUCCUUUGUGCUGGUACGCUGUCUCCGAGAGGCAAAUGUUGCUAUUUUUUGCGGGAGGUUUAGUUGGAGUAGACAAACAUCUCUUUCAAAGGGUUUCUUUUAUUACUUCCAUGACUCUACCACUGAAUUAUAUUUUCGUUCUGCUACUCGCCAAUGUCGAUGUUAUUCCAAAACAAAAACAACUAAGUACUGUCUAAAGCACAAAGGAAAAUCUCAUCGAUGUCAUCCAUGGCAAAACUAAAAGACAGCAGAUCGUGUUUCAUAACAAGAUGACGUAUAUUUUAUAAAUGCGUGCAGCUCGUGCAAGGUGAAAUUAUGCUAAUUUCAAUCACCAUCAUCCUUCUUUUUAAUUUUGAAAAAACUUCUCAUACGUCUUUCUGUUUCUUCGAAACUUCAAAAUUAGUUUCCCCUCAGUUUUUACUGUUUACCUUGUUUUGUUUUAGAGAGAAAACGGAGAAAAACCUUACAACUAACCUCAAUAAAUUUUGUUUACAUUCGGUUGCCGGAUUUGCAACGCAUUGCGCGAAUCGCCAUGUCGCGUUGCAAACGAGAAGCAAAGUUUGAAGAAGUACAACGCCACUAUAUCAAUAUAUAUCAAUCUAAUUUUUUGUUAUGUUAUAUAAAAUUUAUCCCCCUUUAACAUAUUUAAAAAUUGAGGUUAAGAAGUGUUAAGCUUUUACAAACGAAACGGUGAAAGACGAUUAGGUGAUAUUUAGUGGAAGGAGGAGGUAUUCAACACUUUCAAAUUAAACUCAAAUUUUGGCAUUAUACGACCAACAAGUUUGACCUAUAGACGUACAGUGACAAACAUAUGAAACUGUUUAUUGAUAUUGUUAUGAAACGAAUUUAUCUAUUUAACAUUGUAGCCUGAAAUUACAGAAAGAAAAUAGGAUUUCCGGUUUGCAAAAAGGAAAAUUUCGCCGGCCUUCAAGCGCACCGGAAGCGCGGAAAGAGCGCUCGUGCCAGUCCUACUCCGCAUCACACAUUAAAUGAAGAGCGGAGCGCUCGUUUCACCGCCCAACCUUUAUCCGCCCUGCUGUUGACCUUCCUGCUGUCGCGGCCACCCUACCAAGUACCAAGAGGAAUUUUGCUUAACCCAUGCGUGGAAAACUUAACCACCUCUCGAGGAACCAUACGCAGUUGUUUAGUCCUCACCCUCAAAAAAGGUCCUUUUUACGAAUGUGUUGUUUUGGUGAAAUACACUGUUUCCUUAACACUAUUGUUAGUCACUGUUAUCAAGAAGGUCACAAGAGUUCAGAGUGCCCAGUAUGUAGCCACCCCUUGAACAUCUUAGGCCGUCCUUUGCCCUAUGCACACUGUGCUCAAUCCAGGUUGGUGUGUCCAAUCUCAGGACAUGUCAUGAAUGAGAAUAACCCACCUAUGGUACUUCCCAAUGGAUACGUGUAUGGAGAAAAUGUGAGUAGCCUUAAAAUUAGUAUUUAACUUGUUCUAGGGGGUCUUUUUUAAGAAAGACCAGGACCUUGAAGAUUUUGAUGGACUACUGUUUUACAGACUGCAAAACAGUCCGUAUUUUUGCUUAUUCAAGUACGCGCGAGCAGUCAAACAAAAGGUCUGGAACGAGACUGAAAACAGAGAGCGAAGUUGAGACGCUAAAAAUACGGUGUUUUUUCUCUGGCCUCACACGCCCUUCGGGCGUGUGAGACUCGAGGCGCUUCGCGCGCAAGUCUAUUACGCCACGCUUUACCGAUUUCUUUACUGAUUUUGAGGAAAAAACCGACUGUUUUGCAGUGUAACUGUUUUAAUUCCAGUUGAAAUUUUAAGCAUUGCGCGCAUACGGUAAUUACGAAAGAAUUAUUGCCCUGUCAGAGAUCGAAGGGGAUGAGCGCAGCGAACGAGUGAGAUUCUGAAACAAAACAAGAGAGAGCUAAAUAUGAAUGGAGAAGAGGUUGGGUUAUUUGAGAGAUCACGGCGUAUGAAACGUCUUCCUCAUUUCCACUAAUUGAUAAUAAAUUAUAGGGUACUUACCACUUACAUGGGAAACCGGAAAUCCCGCAUGGAAAAUCAAAUGGUGCACGCCAUUCCGUUUGGGAAGCUUCGGAAAACAUGGGCUUUGAUUUCAGGCAAUGCAGUUUUUCUACUCUCUGAUUUGGAUAUACUUUUUAGCGGGCCGUUCUCCCACCACGUCAAAUUUUAUAGUUUUAUUUUCAUACACAAGAUUUCCACCAGGGUGGUUUGUGUAAAUGGUAAGCAUCCAUAAUCUCCAAAAAAAAAUCUUUGGAAUGAUCCUCCACGAUUUAUUGACAUCACUCUGGUCAGCAUUGCACACUAGCAACUUUUGUACAAGUAAGGUGUAUCAUGUAUUCAACAUAAGGGUUUCUAAUGUCAAGAGGCGGAAAACUUGAUCACCUCUUGAAGAGCUCGUUCGACAGUAAUAAACAUUUAAUGACUGGUCCCGAGGGUCGUCCCGAGGGAAACAGUUAUUAAAGAGGUUUAGCUUCACGUUUACGUCAAACGGCAAACGCGAAUUUGUAACACGUGACCAAGUUUCUUGGUUACUGUUCAUUAUUUCUACACAUAAAUUACUUGUUUCACGCAAUUCAAUUCAAUUCAAUUCAAUUCUUUAUUUCACACUAUAUAAGAUAAUUACGUGAGUGUACGAAGGUAGGAAAAUAAAGUAGCUGACAAAUAAUAAUUAACUAAAAGACAUUAAGUUCUUUUAUGUACAGUGUCCAAAGUAGUAAGAGCUUUCUUGUUGGACACCGUCAUAUUGAAAUAAUUGGCAGCAGUAAAGAGAGGAAUAAAAUCUCAGAUAACAUCAGUGAUAGAACAUAUAAGCAAGGUCAGAUUUGGUUGGUGAAUUGUUUGAAUUGUUUUCAGCAGUUUUAUCUGCUCAUUUCCUAUUUCGAGAAAUUCUCAAUUUGAAUCUGUCGUUUGCCGUUUGCCGUUUGCCGUUUGCCGUAUACGUGAAGCUUAAACUCUCUAACUUUCGCCAGAAUCUCAACGCCGAGGGAAACAUUCAGAUUCGAGGAAGCCAAAUGAACUGUUUCCCGAGGGACCAGUCUUUAACGGCGGUCGUCGGUCAACAUUCGCGGGUAACACUGCGCUGUUACCCUGUGACGUCAUAGAUUUUGCAAUGUUGCCCGCUCAGAGAUCUUGGCGGGAAACAGUUUGAUUGCUAGAUGUCAUGUGACUUCGAAGUAACCAAUGAGAGCGCGAGCUGUGGGGAAAAGAUUUGCGGCUAUUUAAUAAUUAAAAGGCCUCAUGGGCUAUUGACUCAGAGGCCAUGAGGGCGAGAGGAAUAAUUGUUUUAGUAAAUAAUACAUAAAUAAUAUACCACUAGUUGGAUUUUACUAAAUAACAAUAGUAGAUGUUGAGAGUUCUUACAAACACCCUUAAAGGGGUGUGGUCCAUCAUUGCGGGCCUUGCUAUUGUUACUCAGUGUGGCUGGGGAUGUUUCUUUUAUUUCAUUUACAGGCGUUGCAUGGGAUGGCAAGUGAGAAUGAUGGCCACGUCAUAUGCCCGAAAACCAAAGAGUCCUUCCGAGUUGAUCAAGCUGAGAAAGUAUAUGUUAUGUAGGAAUAAAGAUCAGUAUGCUCUGUGAGUUGAGAAAUAUAAUGCUACUUGAAUGGCUAGCACUUGACCUUUGUUCACACAGUACAUAUGGUUUUUUGUAACGGAUAUUACAGCGUCGCUAUAUUUGAGGAGCUGGACCCUUUCACUUGAGUACAGAAUUCACAGGUAGCCUGAAGUUUGGCAGUUUCGUUAACAAGUACAAGCCCAGAAACAAAACGACAACAUUAAAUUUAGAAAAAAAAUUGAGUUUUUUACAUCUGGAGUCGCAGAGGGUUUUUCAAUACUAAAUCAUGUAAAAAUGGAACGGCGAAGCCACAAGCCUCGUAAACCGUGGACUCGGUUUGUUGUUUGCAUCCCGGGAAAGUAAUUAUUGAAUUAAAAACGACAACAACAACAAAAUACCCCUUUUUACAAAGAAAUAUAUUGCGGCUGUUACAGCUUACCGACAAAACGUUUCACUUUAUAAAACUGUAGAACUUCUUCUAUUAAUUGUUAAUAUUCAUAAUGUCGAAUUUUUUUGUGCACUAUUUGUUUCAUUUUACUCGGUGUUUGAAAAUGUAGCUUGCGUGGUAGGCGCUGGAAAGGCGAGGGAGGCGGAGAUAGGAAUUUGGGCACGCGAGAACGCGAAUGCCCUCACGAGCCCAAUGUUCUUCCAUUCUCUCUCCAGUCACGUUCGAACGCUUGUUGUGCAGGUUAUAAAUAUUAGUGCUUCUUGGAUUGUUCUUUUACCACAGGUAGCGCAGACUCUGUGGGAGUUGGUUAGACUUUGAAUUUAUAAGAGAAUGUAUGAAAUAAACAAAAUAGGCCCUA